AUGAAAGCAGUGAUACUUGUUGGUGGGUAUGGCACAAGGUUACGACCGUUGACGCUUACUCAACCAAAACCACUCGUGGAAUUUGCCAAUAAGCCGAUGAUGCUCCAUCAGAUGGAAGCACUUGUGGCUGCCAGUGUCGAUACUGUGAUAUUGGCUGUAAGCUAUCGUGCAGAACUUUUGGAACAACAAAUGAAACAACAUGCUGAACAACUUGGUAUUGAGGUAUAUUUCUCAUUGGAAGAAGAGUCCUUGGGUACAGCGGGACCGCUGGCUUUGAUAAAAGAUCGGUUAAAAGGAAAUGAACCUUUUUUUGUACUGAAUUCUGACAUUAUAUGUGAAUUUCCAUUUCGUGAGAUGAUUGACUUUCAUAUGAGUCACGGUCGUGAGGGGACCAUCGCUGUAACUAAGGUUGAAGAACCAAGCAAAUAUGGUGUCUGUGUGUUUAAUGAAAAGACUGGAAAAAUCGAUAGUUUUGUUGAGAAACCCGAAGAAUACGUUGGAAAUAAGAUCAAUGCCGGAUUAUACAUUCUUUCUCCAUCCGUACUGGAUCGAAUAUCAUUACGCCCAACUUCGAUUGAAAAGGAAGUUUUUCCGGAGAUGGCUAAACAUGGAGAAUUGUAUGCAUUUGAGUUGUCGGGAUUCUGGAUGGAUGUGGGACAGCCAAAAGAUUUCUUGACUGGUAUGCGUUUGUACUUGAAAUACCUUCGCGACAAGUCACCAUCUCUGCUAGCUCAUGGUAGCCAUAUAAAUGGCAAUGUGAUUGUGGAUAAGACUGCAGUUAUCGGUCGUGAUUGCAGAAUAGGACCCAAUGUUGUGAUAGGACCGCGAGUAAAGAUUGGAAACGGCGUUUGUUUGCGUCACUGUACCAUUUUAUCAGAUAGCAUGGUGCGCACUCAUUCUUGGAUUAACAGCAGUAUUAUUGGCAGAAAAUGUUCAAUCGGUGAGUGGGUACGAAUUGAAAAUACCUGCGUUAUUGGCGAUGACGUUGUCGUCAAUGAUGAACUAUACCUGAAUGGUGCAAGAGUGUUACCGCACAAAGCAAUAACGAUGAACGUUCCAGAGCCAGAUAUCAUUAUGUAG